GGAUGGAGCGACCCCCACUCUCUUUUUCCCGACUCUGAGGAAUAAAAACGCACACUUUUCUUUCUGGAUAAUACUAUAUUGCUUUUUUUGAAGCUUUCCUUUGACAUUUUCCUUCAGCAUUUCUUCCUUAAAACCAAGUUUGGAGCGUAAAUUCCAGGAUAGCGCGAGUUUUACGCAUUACAGUGGAUCAUCCGAGAAGAACCUCAGCGCCAGCCUCAACAUUACAUGCUUGCCAUGAGGAGUUAAAAGCGAUUUUUCAAGCUCCGGGUGUUAUUACAGACAGGCUUCUCCCACCGAAAGCUUGCAUGGGAGCUGCACCGCGGGCUGCCGUCCUCGUUUUCUGCGGCGCAGCGUCUGAGUGGAAGCAGCCUUCAAAGCGGAAGAUGGCUCUUCACCUCCCCCCGGGUCACGGCCUCAUCCUCCUGCACGUCUGAUGGCACCCUGGCUGUGAAAAAAAAAAAAGUCCGCUUUUUGUGACGGUAAAGCAUGACCGCAGCAGCAGGUGUGCUGACAGGCUUGGCCAAGCUAAAGCGCCAAGACUCGGCCCGCUCUCAGCAUCGGCCCUUCCCCCCAGGAUCUCCAGGGCUCGGAAACACCAGCACCGAGCCCGCACCCAGGAAGCGGAAGCGGCGGACGGAUGUCGUGGUGGUGCGGGGCAGGCUCCGCCUCUACUCGGCCUCCGGGUUCUUCCUCCUGCUUGGAUUAGUGGUUUUGGCCAUCGGCAUCGGCAUGGCAACGCUGGGUUAUUGGCCUCACAGCGAAACCAAGUCAAAGACUGACACGGCCGCCGCCAGCGCCAACACGAGCCGGGAAGUGCAAGGGGCCCCGUCGAAGCAGACCGACGGGCCUGUGACGCGCUUCCUGGAGCAGCAUCUUCACUCCGAGCGCAUGAAGAUGCUCGGCCCCUUCACCAUGGGCAUCGGGAUUUUUAUCUUCAUUUGUGCUAACGCCAUACUCCACGAAAACAGAGACAGAGAAACUAAGAUAAUCCAUAUGAGAGACAUGUACUCCACAGUCAUCGACAUCCACCGCCUGAGGCAGAAGGAGCAGAAGCACCAUCACCGCGGCAGCACCUGUGUGAGAGAAGCCGGCGACCUGCGAUGCUUCGGAGGAGACACGGCGGCCCGGUUAGCAGGAAACUCCCUCCUGGCGUUCUCGUCCCGGGCCGGGAGCGUCGCCGCGGAGGAGGAGGAGGUGCUGCUGGGCGAGGAGGAGGCGCGCAGAGGUAAAGAGCAGGCCAGGCUGGACUGCAGCUUCGCGGGGCUGCUGGCGCCGCUCUACAGGGACCGGCCGUUCUGCGGCGCCGGGCUCGGCUUGACUCACUCGGAUUCGGUCCGCCACCAGUGGUCGGUGGACGGGGACGUGGAGAGAGGCGGGCACCACGCGCGCUCCAUCGUCUCCUCCUCCAUCUCCGCCUUCACCCUCCCCGUUAUCAAACUCAACAACUGCGUGAUCGACGAGCCGGAGAUGGAGGCGAUCACGGAGGAGGACAGAACAGCUGAGAGGAGGGAAGGGGAGAGGUCGCGACCUCUGAGCUCCAUGGAGUCUUUAGUGGUGCCUGUGGCCACCGUGGCCAAGGCCUCCAAACCGCCGGGUCUGCACCGCAGCAACUCCGCCUCCUCGUCCUCCCGCUGCUCCUCCUUCUCCUCGUCCUCGCUGUCGCCCGCCCCCUCCUCUACCUCAGGCUGCUGGCUUUCCCCCGGAGCGGCCAGGAGCGACUUCGGCUCCAACUCCUCGCUGCACAUGCUCAACAGCCACUCCAAAUCGCUGGACCUGGAGCGCGGGCCCAGCAUGCUGAGCGUGCGCCCGGAGCAGAGGAAGCACCCCAGCUGGCCGCGGCUCGACCGGAGCAACAGCAGCCGCAGCAGCGGCGGCGGCGGCGGCGGCGCCAGUGGCAGCAUUCGGGGGAGCAGCAAAGGCUACAUGAGGCUGGAGGACCGGGAGGAGCAGGGCGAGCGGCUUCUGGACGCCUCGCAGUCCCUGACAGCGAGGCGCGACUACAGCAAGCGGGAGAAGCUGCUCAUGAUAUCCCGCUCGCAUAACAACUUGAGCUUCGAGCACGACGAGUUCAACAGCAGCGCGCUGAAGAGAGGCAGCUCCGAGACUCGGUUCUGAAGGCGCGGAGCCGACGGGUGACGGCGCCUCUUUGGCGACGUGUAAAAUUGCUCUCGGGGCUGCGCGAGUGUACAGUUUGUGCUGGAACAAACUGACAAGUUGAGUGUGGUUUCAGACACUUCUACCAGCUGCAGGUGGGGGAGCAGUGGCCGUCGGACCGGCUGCUGCAGUCAGAGGUCCAGGCCGAGAGUCGGCGAGACAGGAAGCGCCUCCCGGCCCCGGUCAGAGGCGGACGUGUGUGCCUGACCCCGACCUUUGACUUCUGUGGAAGAAAGCAAGUGAAAGGAGGAGCCUAACCCUCCAGGCAUCAAUAAACCACAUCAUUAGUCUACUUCACACAGAAACAGGUCCGGCUGGACUUUGGAAGGAUCACAACCUGAGACUUAAUGAGCAAGGCCAUUAGAGCAGCGUCAGGAUCGGCUCCUCUCAAAGCGUUACAGGGUUUUCUGCUGCUGUAAGUCUGAAAUUUCUUUUGCAGUACCAAAGCAUAGAAGGCAACAGUGGAAAUAUGAUAAUACAUUUUUAUUUGUCCGGCACUUCGGUAACCAAAUUACGAAGUGCUUGACACUGCUGAGUUCUCAACAACGGAUACAAAACCUAAACUGAUUCACAACCAGCGUUAAGGGUACAGGAUGUAGUAAGUUUUCAGCACCUGUCCAGGUUUAACAAUCUAGCAUCCAGUUCAAUAGAAAAAAAAAAUACUGAUGGAGAUGUAACGGACCAAGACUUGAACUUUUAGAGAAAAUCUCACUGCCAAAACUGAAGUCCAGACCAACCGAGUCCCACUCUGACUCACUGCUGUCGCUGAAAUCACAAACGUGGCUUUACCGAAUUCUUUUUUACUAGCCUGAUGGAGGGCACUGUGUAAAUCUCCUGAUAUAUCGUCACAAAGAGGCUCCACAGGGCGUAGUAGGUAGUAAUGGUUUGUACGUGGUGGUUUCCGUGCGUUUGUAUCUGUUUGAUCGGACCGUCAAAGCCUCGGAGGCCACACAAAGAGCAGUCACACAAAAGCCAGUUACUACGACAUCAAUGCAACUCAGCUUGUUUUCAUCCAGAUGGUGGCCUGCAAAAAAAAAAAA